AUGAAGUAUUAUGACAUUAUAAAAAAGAGUAUCAUUAUAGAAGCUUUCGCGCGCAUGACAAUUACACGUAUUCGCUUUUUGAGAAUGCGUGUGGCAGUGCUUGUGAUGCAGGACGCUUUCCGGACGUACUUGGGUCGGCGACAAUAUCUUCGUUGCCGCCGCGGCGUGGUAAGAAUUCAAGCUCUUUACCGUAGCUACGUGCAGCGUAAGAAAUAUCACCAAAUGAUUGACCGAAUCGUCAUGGUUCAAAGUAUCUAUCGUCAGAAAAAAUCCCGUAUUUUGACCGAUAUGCGACGGCGGUCGUUGGCGCGAGUGCUUGGUGUAGUCCGAGUCUUCCUGUCUCGUGUGCGUAUGCGAAAUCGCACGCAAGCUAUGUUUAGCGCCGCCAAUAUGUACGACUUGACCAAGGUGCUGCACAUCGCACAAGAGAUGCCAGGGAUGUUAAGAGUGCGCGAUCGUGAGCACGAAAUGAUGUCGCUGAUACAUGUAGCGGCAAAAAAUGGUGACCUGAAUUUGGCGCGGUUUGUUUUGGAAGAAAAUUCUCAACUUGAAGACCUCGUGUAUGGAAAGGAUACAGCGGGCAGUACACCUCUGCACUAUGCAAGCCGGUUAGCACAUUUAGAUAUGGUACGCUUACUCGCGAAGAUUGCCAACCGCAACUCUACCCCUGGUGUACAUUUUGACUACAGGGCUGCUCGUACACGUAGCGCAAGUGGUACGAGCAGUGCCAGUGACGACCCACCCGAAAUGAAGGUUCGGUCAAUUUCGAAUGCUAGCACGGCAUCAUUGACGACGCCUUCGUCCCAUUCUCCAUCUAAAGCUGUGUCUGGCGUAAACCCCAGUCCUCAGGGAGGCUUUAACCUACCCAAGCGUGGUAUGUCGUCUGUUUCAAAGUCAUCCUUUUCAAUGCAACCAGCUUUUCAGCCUGGUGAUCACACUGCACCUAAGCGCAAUGGCCGGCGCACUCUUGUGUCAUCAAAAACAGGAAACAGCCGGCGCUUAUCAUCGUCGAUUGGUGGACUGCCACCUGUUCUUCCCACGACACUUCAAAUUGAAGUGUACAAGGAGGGAUUUCUUCGAAAGGCUAGCGGUACACGUUGGGCCACAAAACGCUACGUGAUGGUGGACGAAGUUUGUUUAUCGUAUUACAAGACCGAGAAGGAUAAAAUUCCACUGAAGAUUGUAGAGCUUUGUGAUGCCACCAUCAAGCGCAACUCUAAUGUAGACUACUGUUUUGAGAUUCGGUCACCGCGUCUGAAGAGUUCUAAGAAUCUUGAUGGAAUGCUCUCCUUUGUGGCCGAUUCGGAGCUUGAUGCGCAGGAUUGGAUGCUCGCUAUUCGUAAGGUCGAUGGUGUCCGUGUCACCACAACGCAUCCCCCCAACCACAAUAUGAUUUGCAUCGACAGUGGACUGCGUCGCGACUAUGUCAAUAUGAAGAACAAGUUAGGUUUUACCCCAUUACACUUGGCAGUGCAAAAUGAUGAAGAUGAAGGAUUUGAGGCUGCAAAGGUCUGCGUCUGGCUUAUUGAGAAUGGUGCUGACCCGAAUGCAAUCGAUGUCAAUGGAGACACAGCACUACACUAUGCGGUGGAGCUGGAGCGUUUUGAUCUUGUUGAGACUCUUAUGAAACGUGGCGCUAACUCGAGCUUAAAAAAUCUUAAGGGAUUUUCUCCUGUUGAUAUUGCCCAAGAAGCAGACUUGAAAGAUAUUCUUAAUUCGGCGAAUCAUACCUUCGAAGCCGAAGAAAAUAUCGUUGAGCCUGAGGAGAAUCAAACUGAUGAGCAUUUUCCUGUCAAGAAUAUGAGUUUGAUCACUCCUUCACUCUUGCCCCCACCAGACAGGUUACACGACAGCACUUACGUGUCUGUGUUUUUGGGUGCCAUUGCUGUGGCCACUGGUCCAGUCAUGGAGACACCGCACUUUAAUCUUUACAUCCUAGACUGUAAGGGUGUGGUCGUUAAUCCAGCACAGCGCACUCCAAAGUCGCUUAUUCAGACGGGAGGCAACCACUGGUGGUUUGGAAACACUUGGUACUUACAAACGCCGCUGGAACAUCUCAAAGACGGUUGUGUCGCAGUCAUGGAGCUGCGGCAUCGAAGUCUGGUUACGCAGGAGGUCGAAGUCGGGUGCUGGACAUUUUUCCAUCUGGAUCUGAGUAAAAUUACGACGGCGCCUGCAACCUUUGAGAUGCCGAGAUCAAUGUAUCUUUAUAAGCUUUAUGAUCAAAUCAGGUCUGAACCCAUUAAAACAUGUGCAUUGCGUCCAUCAAGCGAGACCGACAUGGUGUCUGCGACGUAA